AAAUGUAUUGCUUUAAAUCUAUCAUAAUUGUUUUGAGCUUCUAUAUUCAUACAACUAUAUCAAUUUCAUUAAAUGGAAAAUGGAAAGGUUUCAUAUUACCAACAGGCUCUUCUUUCUCUGCUGAUGUGCCUGGUGGUAUUUACAGUGAUUUGGAAAAUGCUGGAAUAAUUAAAAAAAAUUUAGUAGGCUUUAAUGAUGUCAAUAAUCGAUGGGUGGCAAACAAAUCCAUUGCUUAUGUCACUGACAUUACAGUCAACAACAGCUUGCUUACCACACCACACAUAAUAUUAGUUUUUCAUGGAUUAGAUACAUUUGCAACAAUAUACAUAAAUAAUCAUAUUAUUGGUAAAGCACAAAAUAUGUACUUACAAUACAAUUUUGAAAUAAAAAAAUACCUAAAGAUAGGUAAAAAUGAAUUAAAAGUGAUAUUUGAUUCUCCGAUAAAAGUUGCUGAUAAAUUAUACACUAUUCAAAGUGUAAACUAUGUUAUACCACCUACUUGUGUGCCAAAAGAAUACAAUGGAGAAUGCCAUGUAAAUCAUAUAAGAAAGAUGCCAGCUAGCUUCAGUUGGGAUUGGGGACCAGCUUUUCCUUCAGUAGGUAUUUGGAAGGAUGUUGAGCUAAAACCUGUACAAAAUAUUUUAAUUUCAGAAAUUACUACUGAUGUAGUGAAGAAAAAUAAUUUAUUUGAAGUUGUUGUUACAGUAUAUUUUCAAAUGUUUGGAGAGAACAUAACAGAUAUCAGUGAAACAAUCCAUGUGAAAUGUACACUAGAUGAAAAAUAUUCAAAUGGUAGUUACUUUAACAAUCUUAAAUUUAUUAAUAAUCACGCCAAAGCAAUUGUGUUGCUGAAUAUACCUAUUAAUAAAGUAAAACUUUGGUGGCCAAAUGGUUAUGGUGAGCCAAAAUUAUACUCAUUACAAGUAAAAGUAAUAAAUGGUAUAGAUGUAGUUGAAAAAAAAAUGAAAAUUGGAUUCAGAACUGUUGAAUUGAUACAGGAUCCAUUAGAAAAAGGACUUAGUUUUUAUUUCAAGGUGAAUGGAAUUUCUGUAUUUGCAAAAGGGAGCAACUGGAUUCCUUCAAGUGUAUUUCCAGAAAAAUUAGUUGAUAAAAAAACUGUAGAAUAUUUGCUCAAAUCUACUAAGGAUACUCAUAUGAACAUGUUAAGAGUAUGGGGUGGAGGCGUUUAUGAAUCAGAUCUUUUUUAUGAUCUUGCUGAUGAAUAUGGUAUUAUGAUCUGGCAAGAUUUUAUGUUUGCUUGCAAUAUGUACCCAACAAAUGAGUCAUUUCUUGACAGUGUCAAAGAAGAAGUGACUCAGAAUAUGAUAAGAUUGAAACAUCACCCAAGUAUUGUACUUUGGGCUGGUAACAAUGAAAAUGAAGCUGCGCUUUAUGGAGACUGGUAUGGUACUGGGGAAGCACAGGUCUACAGAGAUGAUUAUGUUAAACUUUAUGUUAAUACUAUUAAAAGUGAAGCAGUUGUUAUUGACACCACAAGGCCAUUUGUAGUGUCUAGUCCUAGCAAUGGUUUGUACAGUGAACAACAAAAUUAUACUGGAUCGAAUCCUUAUUCUAACUUAUAUGGAGAUGUUCAUUAUUACAACUACUUGAAAAAUGGUUGGGACAUAAAUCAGUAUCCAAUUACAAGAUUUGCAUCUGAAUAUGGGUUCCAAGGGUUACCUUCUAUAUGGACUUUGAUGUCUGCUACCAAAAAUGCGAGCGAUCUCGCGUUGAACAGCACUUUCAUGAAACACCGUCAACAUCUACCUCUAGGAUAUAAUUUUAUGAAGUUACUGAUUUCUAAAAAUUUCAACAUUCCAAAAAGUGACAAUCAAUUGAAAGACAUUAUAGACUAUAUUUACCUGAGUCAAGUAACACAGGCAGUUUCAAUGAGGAUACAAACUGAAUCAUAUCGUCAAAUGAAGAGUUUGUUUAAUAAUAUAGGAGAGGGUAUGACUAUGGGUGCUUUGUACUGGCAACUCAAUGAUGUUUGGCAAGCUCCGUCAUGGUCGUCAAUUGAUUUUGAGGGACGUUGGAAAAUGUUACAUUACUAUGUCAAAGAUUUUUUCUCACCUGUUAUUGUCACACCGCGGUUAACGCAAGCUAACGAACUGAUGAUAUACGUAGUUUCCGAUCUGCUUCAUGAACUUACAAAUUUGAGCAUUGAUGUUGUUGUAUACGAAUGGAAGAAUUCUAAAUCAAUUCUUACUACUCAACUUACUAAUAUUACAGUGGGACCUAAUGAAUCGCGGCUCAUUGCGCAAAAGUGGAUUGAUGUUUUCUUAGAAAGAGCAGGGUGUGGAACUUUAGCAACUGCAAAAGAAAAUUGUAUGAUUGAAUUAAUUUUGAAAGACGAAAAUGAUAAAAAAAUAGCUCCAACAAAUUACGUUUAUCCACAUCCGUUAAAAAAAGUUUCUUUGCCAAAGGAUUCUGUUAUGGUCAAAGUUAAGCCCAAAUCUAAUGAAUUAUUAAAAAAUCAAAUAUUUGAAAUUCAAAUCGUAUCAACUAAAAUAGCAUUGUUUGUUUGGCUGGAAGUAGGGAACAUUGCUGGUCAAUUUUCUGAAAAUGGUUUUCAUAUUUUACGUGGAAAGAAAAUAAUUACAUUCGAAGCUCAAGAGUCCACGACAUUACAAAAUAUAAUAAAAAACUUAAUGAUAACAUCUCUUUCACGCAUUUACGAUUCUAAUCAAAGAUAUGCCGAUAUACAAAUUGUAGUUGAUCAACUGGAUAAACGUAAUAAAUUUUAAUUUUUUUCAUGUGGAUAUUAAUAAACAUAGCUAUCUAACCUUUAUUGCGGAGGAAAGUACAUAUCAUAAUGAAGGUAGACUUCGAAUAUUAUUAAUAUCAGAAGAAUGGUGACCAACGCAGCGCCAACAGUAUAUGUUAUAUCACUUAUCAUUUUUAUGUUAAAUAAAAAUAUAAAUGCCAAAACAUGUUUUAAGUAAAUUUAUUUGACGUUAGCGAUC